CAUGCUGGGCGCAGCCGGGCAGACCCCGCGGGCCUCGCCACCGCCGCUGCCGCCCGGCGCCCUCCGCGGCCUCUGCGCCUGGCUGGACGGGCUCCCGCUCAGCCGUCCCAAGCGCCACCUGGCCCGGGACUUCAGCGACGGCGUGAUGCUGGCAGAGAUUGUGAAGCACUUCCGCCCCCACCUUGUGGACCUGCAUAACUAUGUCCCCACCUGCAACACUGACCAGAAACUCAGCAACUGGAGCAUCCUCAACAGGCAGGCUUCCCGCCUCCCUGCCUGUCCCGUCGGAGCCCCCGCCCUGCUCUGCGAGGACCCUGCCCUCAAGGCUGGCCUGGAGACGGAUAUCCGAAAGGUGGUGGCCAACACGCCGGGAGCCAUUGAGCCCAUCUUGUGUGCAGUGAGAGAAAAAGUGACGGAUGGUGCUACCCACCAGUACCUGCUUGACCCGGCCGGCCCAGGACCCUCUGGCGGGAUUGCUGACAGACCACGGGCAGAGCUCACCGCCUCUCCGCACACUGGCUUGCCGGGCCCCACGGCGCCCUCCAGUGGCGCAAAGACCCCACAGAGUCUGAGGACUCCAGAGAAAACAGGCCGCUGUGUGUGCACGGGUUGGGACCCAGCUGGUGGACCCUGGGGGCACCUGGACUCCAGAGUGCAGCAACUACUGGAGGAGAAGGAGCAGGCACUGGCCCUCCUGCAGGAGAUGGUCAAGAUUUUGCAGAUGAAGGUGGUCAGGCUGGAGCACCUGGUAAAGCUGAAGGACCAGCGGAUUGGAGAGCUGACGAGAGCCGGGGGCGAGCCCCAGUGACCAAGAGUGGCAGCGGAGAAAGGCUCCUCCGAGAGGCUCGAGGGGCCACCCCUCCCAAGUCCACUAGACCUUGAACUUGAGCCCACACAGAACUCCCCCAGACCAGGGGUCCUUCUGCUUGUGGCUGUGCGCUGUCCAGCAGGCGCAGGGCGGGGACACCCACGUACAGAGUGCUUCAGGGGGCCUCGGCGUGUGGACGUCCACGCAGUGGAGGCCGGGGGUUCCAGCCCACCCCAGAGACCUGUUUGGAUAUGAAGACCUGGUCUCGUUCCCUUGA